AUGGCACUGGCUUUGACAGGACAGUCGUGGCGCGCCGUUGGCCAUGGAGGGGGCGAGGCCGAGAGCAAGCGUGAUAAGCUGCAGGUUGAGCCGUGCUGUCAUUUUCCAGCGCCCCGUCUUCAUUUCCUCGACCCAUUGUGCUGGAUCCGGGCCCUCGCCCCGUCCAGGGAACAAUUCUUUUUUAGCGGAGAAGCAAAGCCUGCGCCGCUGGGAGUCGCUGGGAGGACUGAUCGGCCAGGCCUGGAGCUCCGGGAGGGCUUUCCGACCCAUGCACUCUGCCAGGCUCGCUUCUUCGAGAGUGGCCUAGCGCGGAAAUUCUUGCUCAUUCCGUCUGAUUUCCCAAGAUCCCCUCGUCUAGGGCAGGGCAGGCCGUGGCCUGGGCUGGCGCCGGUGCUCCCGCUGGCAGCCUCGGAACAACGCGAGCAGUCGGAACGAAUUCAAAUACUUGCGCGUCUGGGGUGUCUUGUCCUUCUUCUUCUUCUCCGUCUUCCUGUCCUGUCCCGCACCACUUGCCGCUUCUCUGCCGGCUCCUUCAUCCAGACGCGAGCCUCCAUGUCACUACCUCAGACGCCCCUCGUCUACACUCACGGUCUUCAUUCUUUGCAAUUGUGGUACGACAUUGAGCUGGCUUUUUUUCCCCCUCAGAACCGGACAAGCAACCUCAUUGAACCCAACAUUGUCGACCGUCCUGGCAACAUCAAGGCCACCGGCCGCAAAGCACCGGACAGAAGAGGGUUCCGACUUGGAGCGCCUGUGAAUCACUCGCUCUCAAUGUCACCCAACUGCCCCAGAGCCUGGCGGCCAAACAGCUGUGCAAAAACCCCAGCGGGUGGCACCUCUAUCCAGUUCCGUCAUCCACCCAGCGCCAUUUUCGGCACCUUGCCUAGCCACCCAAGCUUUAGCGUUGCCGUCAUCGCUGACUGA